AUGUCAAUAAUAUCCUUUCGUUUGGUGGUUGCCCUCGGCUCUAUGGCCUUGAUCAAGCCAAACAAUCCGCUCCAAACUCUGUUGGCGUUCUCAGUAUUGGGAUACUUGGUGGUUGAACUGCUUGUCCCUAGGCUCUCUCAAAGCUUCAUCAAGAUUGGAUUGAAGGGCGCAGAUUUAUCGAAAACCAAUAAGCCGGUGCUUCCCGAAUCCAUGGGAUUGGUUUCUGCUAUAACUUACUUAUUCAUAAUGUUCUUUCUUAUUCCAUUUGUAUUCUUCAAGUACCUUGUCUUGUUCUCUGAUGAGAAGAUCGAGAAUACCUACACGUCGCAAUAUGAAUCGCAGCCACAUACCAAAUUAUUCCCACAUAAUAAGUUGGCAGAGUAUCUUUCUGCUAUACUAUGUGUCCAACUGACGAUUCUUUUGGGGCUCUUUGACGAUUUGUUUGAUAUUAGAUGGCGUCACAAGUUCUUCUUACCAGCUGUAGCUUCAUUGCCCUUGCUUAUUGUUUACUAUGUGGAUUUUUCAGUAACGCAAGUAAUGGUCCCACCAUUUGUUUACAAGUUUCCUUAUGGAGGCUUGGGUAUUGAUAUAUUGGAAGGAACUAUAGAUUUAGGAAAUUGGAUAGUUAAAGCUGUAACCGGACUAAGCUUCACAAGUGGCGCAGAUACUACAGAGAAUCCGACAUUGAUUGAUUUGGGAGUGUUUUAUUACUUUUAUAUGUCUGCUAUUUCAAUCUUUUCGCCAAAUUCUAUCAAUAUUCUUGCUGGAAUUAAUGGAUUGGAAGUCGGACAAUCGGUAGUUUUGGCCUUGGUGUUUCUAGUUAACGAUUUCUGUUAUCUAUUGACUCCAAAUAUUACCCAAGCAGCCUAUGAUUCACAUUUAUUCUCUGCCAUUUUCGUAAUACCAUUCUUAGGAGUACUGUGUGCACUUUUGAAGCACAAUUGGUUCCCUGCAAGAUGUUUUGUUGGUGAUACCUAUUGCUACUUCAGUGGUAUGGUAUUCGCUAUCGUCGGUAUCAUAGGACAUUUCCUGAAGACUUUGCUUAUAUUCCUAUUACCUCAGGUGAUCAACUUUAUUUACUCUGUACCUCAAUUAUUCCAUAUAGUUCCAUGUCCGCGUCAUAGAAUGCCUAAAUUCAAUGCCGAAGAUGGAUUGAUGUACCCAAGUUUUGGAGAAUUAGAGAAGCCCUCGUUGUUGAUAAGUAUACUACAUAAAUUGGGACUUGUCAGGGUUGAAGAAGUGAAAACUGAGGAUGGCGGAAAGGUUACUCGCUUUUCCAAUUUGACGUUGAUAAACUUGUCCUUAGUUUGGUUUGGACCAAUGAGAGAGGAUAAAUUGUGUUUAUUGAUUUUGAGUGCACAAUUUGUCACUGGGAUGCUGAUGAUUGCUAUAAGGCAUACGGUUGGACCAUGGAUGUUCGGAUACGAUAACCUUUCAUGGGGUGUUAAAUAG